CCAUUUUACUCCGCGAAAUAAACUUCAACCUCAAUGCCAGACUGGGGGGGGGGAAAUAAACAAAACUAAGUACUCAACAUUACUGAGUUUGCAUUAAUGGAUAUUUCCGUGUGAGCCCCAGCUCGAAUGGAUUCUGGCUUCGCCUCGUCACAGUUCGGGAUUACGGAGACAUAACAUAAAGGGACGGUGACUCAUACUUUACUUGUUUCCCAUCCCAAACCCCCGUCCGGACACGGGAUGGAGCCCCAGGCUUCCCAGGGGCAGCUUGGAGUAGAGGGGGUUUGUGGGAUGUCAAAUCUACUGGUCCCCAGUCCCCAGAGCGAGGCAGUGACCCAUGAAAUGGAGGAACUGUCCCUGCAGCCCACGCUGAAUCUGCCUCCACUUAGCGAACGCAAAAAUGUGCUGCAGUUGAGGCUUCAGCAAAGGCGGACCCGGGAGCAGCUGGUGGAUCAGGGCAUCAUGCCACCUCUGAAGAGUCCUGCAGCUUUCCAUGGGCAGAUUCGUAGCUUGGAAAGAGCCAGGACGGAGAAUUUCCUAAAGCACAAGAUCCGCAGUCGUCCAGAGAGAGCAGAGCUGGUCAGGAUGCACAUCCUGCAAGAGACUGGAGCAGAGCCGUCACUGCAGGCCACUCAGAUGAGGCUGAAGAGGGCCCGGCUGGCCGACAACCUCAACGAGAAGAUCGCCCAGAGGCCAGGCCCCAUGGAGCUGGUGGAGAAAAACAUCUUGCCUGUGGACUCCAGCGUUAAAGAGGCCAUCAUAGUGGGCCAAGUGAAUUAUGCCAAGGUUCUGGACGAAGACAGCAAUGAUGCCCUGUCGCCAGAGCAACCAGCCAGCCAGGAGUCUCAGAGCUCUGCCCCGUCACCGGGGGACAGCAAAGUGCCUCAAACACCGUCUCCAGGCCCAGCGCCGACACCACUACCUAACAUCAUGCUGCAGGCCUUCCCAACAACAGUAGCUAUAUCCACCAAAGAGAAGCCUGCCAGUCACCAAGCUGCCCCUCCUGCUCAGCCGGCCACUACAGUCGCUCCCCCAAAACCAGGCCCGACUCUUGUGAAACAGAGCCAGCAGAAAACUCCCUCAGAGAAGAGUCGCAGCAAAAAAGGCAAGGAGCCAAAGCCAAGGGUGAAAAAGCUCAAGUAUCACCAGUAUGUUCCUCCGGACCAGAAACAGGAGGCCAGCGAAGAGCCCAUGGACUCCUCGUACGCUCGGCUGCUGCAGCAGCAGCAACUGUUUCUGCAGCUGCAGAUCCUCAGUCAGCAGCAGCAGCAGCACUACAACUACCAGACUAUAUUACCAGCACCACUCAAAUCCGUGGCAGAGGGUCAGAGCAACGGUGCCAGCACUUUGCCAACCUCCAUCAUGGUGUCUUUGCCCUCUGCACCUGCACCGCCCCCUCUGCCUUCGGCGUCAGCUCGAACAAACAACUCCAACCGCAAGCCAGGAGUCUUGCCGGCCAACCUGGAGGAGAUGAAGGUGGCUGAGCUAAAACUUGAGCUAAAGCUACGUGGCCUGCCUGUGUCAGGCACGAAGACAGAUCUUAUAGAAAGACUGAAGCCUUUCCACGAUCAUUCCAGCACUGCUCCUUCCACCAUUCCUGCUCCUGGCACGAACAGCCUCUCAUCCAUCCCCAUGGAGGUCACAGCAACAUCUGCUAUAGUCCUUCCUGUCCAGCAGGUGGCGCCAGAGAGCAUGGGUUCCACCCCACCGGUCUCGCCUUCUCCUGCUGAUCCGUCUUCCCUCCAGCAGGAUGUAGGCAUGUCUGAGGCUCCGUCUGAACUGCAGACAGGACCACUGUAUUCCCCCUUCCUGUCUGUGCGAGUCCCAGAGGAAAAGGACAGAAGGCUCCAUGAGAAGGAGCGACAGAUAGAAGAGCUGAUGAAGAAGCUGGAGCACGAACAGAAGCUGGUGGAGGAGUUGAAGUUCCAGUUAGAGGUGGAGAAGCGAGGUCAGGUUGGCUGCACGGCUGAUUCUACCUCUGUAUCUCCCACACUCACCUCACUCACCUCUGUACCAGCCGUCACUGUUCCUGCCGUCCUCAACUCAAAUUUAAUGAAAAUGGAGCGUCCCAUCCUGUCAAACUCCCAGGCUCUCACAGCCUCACUGCCAACGGUGGUGAAGAUGGAGGAUGUGACGGUUUCUCCUGGCAGGCCGCUGCAGCUCCAGCAGAGCCAAACACAGCUCAUUACCCAGAUCCAGCCCCAAGUAAACGCCAGCCCACAGCUGCGCCCCCAGCCCCAGAACAGCCCCCAACUCCAGGCCCAGCCGCAGUCCCAGCCUGCAGCCCCCGGCCUGCAGCAGUUCUUCAUCAGCCACUCUGGCGGCCUCUCCCAAGUGCUGGCUCAACCCCAGACUCUGCUGACCACCACCGGCCAAACUGGAACCCAGAUACUCCUCCCAGUCUCCCUGCCCAACAACGCCACUGCAAUCCAGCUGCCAAGCACCACCGUCAGCCUCCAGCCUGUUCUCCAGGCCACAGUCUCAAAUCCGGGUCAGGUCCAGACCUCGGUACCUCAGCUGCAGACCAAUAAGGUGAAGAUGGCUCCCAGCCAGCAGCCACUGCUACAAACUUUGACUGUGUGCAAUAAAACUACUGGUUUGGAAAACCAGCCUAGACCUGGGUUGAAUCCACAGUGUUUCCUGAGAAACUCCCCAGUGUCUCCUCAGGCUUCUCCUAACCACCAGAUGUCCAACGGACCCUUCAACAAGUCUCCCUCCCCACAGCCUGCUUUCAUCCUGCAGCCCGCCUCCCUCAUCGCUCAGCCUCCCAAGGCAAAGGAGCCUCCCCGCUAUGAGGAUGCCGUGAAACAGAGCCGCAACCUGCACAUCAACAAUGUUUCUUCACAGGUUUCCACGGCAACAAGCCAGCACAUGGAUGACUUGUUCGACAUCCUCAUAGAGAGUGGAGAAAUCACUCCAUUCAUCCAGCAGGAGCCCCCAGGCUCUCUGACCAAGACCCUCCCUGUCACAGCCAGCAUCACCACCCUCCCCAUCAACACGGUGCUGUCCAGGCCGCCCCCGCAGGUCCAGGUGGCCCCUCCCCCGGCCCUGAACAUCACUAACCCCUAUCUGCCCAGUCUCUCCUCCUUGGCCACAGACAAUCAGCUGGAGGCCUUCCUGGAGAGGACUCUGGCCGACACCCCCGCGGCGUCAGACCCUCGCACUCAGGGUCUGAUGGAGGAGCUGCAGGCCCAGCUGAUGGACCAGCAACCCUACUCCCCAAUGGACACGUCAGAUUUGUCCUUCUGUGAUUCCUCCUCACCCUCUUCCUCGCUCCACAUGGGCCUGACGGACCCCGGCCUGGACAACAUGGAGUGGCUGGACAUCACCAUGCCUCCCGGCCCCGCUGGAGCGCUCACGCCACUGGGGAUCCCGGCGGACUUCCUGGACGCGCAUGACCUGCAGCUGCACUGGGACUGAGGAUGGAGGAGGGCUUGGGGUGAAGUAAGAAGCAGCAGCAGGAGGAGAACACAUGGCAUUAGUGUGCCACAUCACUAUUAGCAUCUGUAAUAUUCCCACCUUUCUCCAGGAAGACGCUCUGUACAGGCAGUGUAGUGAUUCGUGGCACCGCUCAGACUGCUGUUUGCAGUUUUAGGAGAUUUAAAGGCUGAACUUCCAGGAAAACGCCGGCUCGGAGGCGUUCGCAAGCACUCGUAUUCCAAGCUAUAGAAGGAUGUUUUGUUUUUUUAAACAGAGGGGGCUUUCUCUGUGUCUGAUAUCAUGAUUUUAUUGAUCAUCUACAGAGCCAAAGGAAUACUGGUUGAGCAGACCUUUUGUAAAUACAGUUAAAAACACACUAAUAGGGAUCCAGUCUCUCUUUCUGGAGUAGUAUUGAUGACUGAUAUCAGCGGAUUGUUUUAGCUGGAGGUUUCCCUGGUUGGCCUUUAGUGAAAAGUGUCUCUGAAAGUGGUCUGAUGUGAGGGUCGUUGUUCCACCACAGCAUGCUGUGCCACACAAAAGCUGGUGGUUCACAAACUAAAUGAUUUCUUUGCACGAUGGCGUUGAAGCACGUCAGCGUUUAAGACACUAGUACAGGCUCGGAUGAUCCCCCCCCCCAGGGAGGCUCAAACCAAACCAGUGCUUCGAGAAUUGGCCUCGGCGAUGGUGACCGGUCUGUCGCCGAGUUUUAAAGGGAUUAACAAAGGCCAAGCCUCUGCACUCACUCUCUACACACUGGUCCAGUCUGCCACACGUGGCGGACAACGCAUUUCGCUGACUAAUCUGAUCAUGGUUGCAUCAGAUGUGAUUGUUUUUUCUUCUGUACCCGUCAAACCGAUCAGCCGGUGACUAAAGAGGGGAGGAGAGGGGGUGCUCCUCCACCAAUGUGAGACCUAUGCACUAAGGAGGCAGGAAGAUCUCGCCAUGCGCCUCAUUCACCUCAGAACAAGGAAAUGUGAACACUGCAUAUCUAAGAGUCUUUGCUCUGAUUGUGACUUACUUAAAGAUCGUGCUGCCAGUUUUUCUGGAGAUACUGCAGUUGUCCAAGUCUCUCUUACGAUGAAUGUACUUUUGAAAAUAUCAACAACAAUAACAAAAAAAAAAAAAUCUGACUUUACUUACAAAGUUGGCAGCUUUUCCUUUUUUUUUCUUUUUUUCUUUUUCUUCCUUCUGGUGAGUAAACUGACAUAAAACAGUGGAAAGGGAACAAAUAUCAGUUUGAGACAUGCAGAUCCACAAGUAGUUAAAUCAAAGAAAGAACAAGAUGUCUUUGGAAUGUGAGCUUUAUAUCUAGCUGUCAUACAGUAUAUCUGCACUUUGUGCUCCGCCGCAGCUCGGCCGCGCCGGUGCUGAUGAUAACCUGCUGUUUACUAGUCCGAGGAGGACUCGGCGUCAACACCGGUGACCCGCACACAAAAACAGAAACAGUCUCCUGGCCGCGUGACAGGAGCAAGCAUGUCGUCGUCGUGUGGGGCGCAGGGCUGCACUCGUCUUCCCGUCUCUUGCAUGUACAUGUCUCUGUGCGCAUGAUUGUGACUUGCGUCCCGUCUCUGGUUGUUUUUUCAGCUGCUUCCCUGAAGCCGGCUGGUAUCUGUCAAAUCUUUCGCUUUCUACUCGACUUAUUCCUAAUCCUCUUAUGAAAAGGCUUCUGAUGACUGUUUUUAUCUUGCUGUCGGAUCCGUUUCCUGCGGUCGUGACGCAUGGCCUCCUCUAAGGUGCGCCGCAGCGAGGAAUCAUGAAAAGGACGAUUUAUUUGAAAUCAACUGCGUUCUUAUUCCACUUUCUGUUUCUUUUCUCACCUAAAUCUGGAGUUGCUAAUUAAGUAUCUCUAUUUAUUCCUUCACGAGCGAUUAUGGCACUUUUGAAGCAGGACUGCUUCUUCUCUUCUCUUUUCUUUUUACAUCACUUGUGCUUUUUAACCACUUUAUCCCACAUCCAUGGCACUGCAGCCUCCUCCGUUGUGGUUUCAUCCUAAAGGGUCAUUUCUCAAAGCAAAAAAAUGCUUUUUAGUAAAAUUGGGAACUUUUUAUUUUUGCUGAUUUCAAAGCUGAAAGAAUAAUGCCAAAUACUGAACACGCC